AUGGGCUGUACUGUUUCUUCUGAUGGUGAUGGGCUUUCAUAUUCUGAUUGGGCUGAAUGGCCUUCUUUAAGGGAAAUUGUUGUACCUAUUUCUUCAAUUAAGCCCAAAAAUUUCAAAGAGAUAGUUGAAGAAACUAGGCCUAUUGAGAAUAAGUCUUCUAAAGUGGUGUGCUUUUACUUGAGUCGAGGGCUAUCAGAAACAUCCUCCCUACCUCCUAAGCUCCGAUGUUGCAAUUGUGGUCAUUUAUUUGUCACACAAGAGCCUCUAAUCGACAUAAGCUUAGAGAUUGAAGACGUUGACAGUGCACCAACAGCACUGGAGUCCUUCACUAAAAUCGAGAAAAUUAAGUAUUCUUGUGAAAGGUGUAAGACACAGGGGCCAUUUGAGAAAUAUCUCCUCGUUCAUCGUGCACCUUCUAUUGCUGCCCUACAUUUGAAGAGAUUCAAAAAUAACGGGAUAGUUGUUCAGAAGGUGGAUAUGCAUGUUUCAUUUCCGCUGGAACUGGACAUGCUUCUUUAUACAUCCAAAAUCAAUAAUGAAGAAAUAAAAUACGAUCUCUACGCAGUUAUAGUGCAUUUCAGAUCUUCUAUCUCUUUAGGACACUAUUACAGCUUCAUUCGUUGUGCUCCAAAUGAAUGGUACAAAUUUGAUGACAAUUAG